AUGAAAAAGUAUAAAAAAUUAGGAACAAGUCCAAGAGGUAGAAAGAAGAAAAGAAGAGACGAUGCAGGUCCCGUGGAGGGAGAACAAACGUCGUGCAGAGGCAGCCUCAAUGUCGAUGUUGCAGAAGCGGUGGCGAAUUUAGCGUUAUCGUCGCUUAUAGCUCCAUUUACGUACAAACACGUAUCGGAAAGGGCAGAGGAUCUCGUGGCGAUGCGUCAUCGAGUGAGCAAACAGGGCAUCGGUCGCUCCCCCGUUUCCAUUCGUAGGCCGACGCACACCACGCGUACAAUUCGUCCCUGCCGUCGGCUGUCAACGUAA